AUGUCACUAUUGGACGAUAUAAACACUAUAUUUAAGUCGAGGUUGGAAUAUAUUAACAGUCUUUUGAGAUUACAAGAAGACAUUCAAGGACUUAUUGAUGCAGGGCCUGGGAAUGUUGGCCAGGUUAUGUCGAAGAAAGAUGUUUAUGAUAAAACGUGGUGUGAAUUUGUAACUGUUCAUGAGGAAUAUUUAGAAAUUGUCACAGCUGAGGAUGAGAAAAGAAGAGCCAGUUUGACAUACAAAGAACAGAUGGCAAAAAAGGUACAAUUGGACGGAGUAGUAGCAUCUUGGUGUAAAAAGCCAAGGUUGUAUGGAUCUGGUAAAGGUCGAAGCCAGAUUAGUAGUUUAACAAGUGGAACAAGUUCAGCAUCAGCCUUGUCAAAGAAAAGGGAAAAGAUGGCUCUCGCACAGUUAAAA